ACAGGUCAUAUAACUUUUAGAGGAAUAGACGAUUAAGUUUACUAUUAAAUAUUACAUACAAACAGUUUUAGUUUUCAGGUAGUAUUAAAAUAAUUUUUAUGAAAAUUCACAGUAGUGUUUGUGACAAAAUAUUUUUCAGAAUAUUAUUAUUUACAAAAAUCGUAUGCGUAAAUUUAAGUAUUUAGAAGUGUGCAAAAAUAAUUUUUAUAACAUUGAUAUUUGAUAACAAGAAAUUUAAAGCAUAUCUUUUUAUAAGAUUAGAAAAUGCAAAUAUAAUUCAACGACGUCCAAGAAUAUAUUGAAGUAAUUGAAUAGAUUUUUAAAUUCAUUAAACGUUAAAAUAAAUAUUUACGAGUUAAGUAAAUUAUGAAAAGUGCAAGAUUAGAAUGUAACAUUUUAAAAUUUUAUGUGAAGUUAUUCUUAGUGUAUGCGUCCCUCAUCAAUAGUAUAAGACUGAUAGUUUUAUUAGUCGGCAAUGUUAUACGGUAUAUUUAGGAUACAUUAUAUCCUUACCGCAAUGCUAUACAUCGAAUGUUGUAUUACCGCGUCGUAAUAAUCAACCGCAACCGCAAGGCCUUGUCAUGUUGACGUUUAUUAUUCGCGGGGUGUUUCUCCUCGGCGCAUUGAGCUGGUACAGUGCCACCGUCUGGAAGGUAAUCGACGGUUACUUCCAGGACCAGUUUCGCGCUUACUUGCAGGAAGAGUAUCGCAAACAUUCGCGGAUCAAGGCCGACGCCGAGAGCGCCGGGGCUGUCGAUAAGGGGCCUGUUCCGAGCGCGUUGCCAGCCGAGCUAGGUCUGAGUCGCUGCAGCAUCGCGGAAACCUACGGUUCCAGCGCGGUAUACCCGGCCGACAUCGCAGACGCCUGUCCGCGUGCAGUCGUUCCGAGCGGGAAACCAGAGGAAGCGUUGGCAGGUGGCACCAGCGAAAUCGCGGCCGCCGUCGUCGCCGUAGGCACCGGUACCACCGAUAAAAAUGCAUUCCCGGCGGACGCGACGGCGGCGGCGCAGAAAAGUAGGAAACGGCUGAGCGGCAGCAACACGCGCGAUAAAGAACGGCGACCAAGUGCCAUCAAUCAAGACGGCGACCGCGAAGAGGAUGCGAUCGAGGGAAACGUACUCCUCCCGUUUCCCGCGUCGUCCGCGCGUCGUCGUCCCGAGAAACCGCGACGUCGUCUCGGCAGGAGGGGAUUAUCGCGUGUCUCGAAAGAGGUCUCGAGGGAGAUAUCGCGGGAAAAGCCGAGGACUCGAAGAGCGAACACGCUCGUCCCGACCGACUCCGGUUACGCCGCCGCGAGUGACGGCGCUGGAGAUGAUGAUUUCUCAGAGUUCGAGGAAGAGAUGAAGGAUCAAGGGGUCCCCCGCGAGGAAGGAGUCCUCGUGUCGGAGCUACCAUUCAAGCCCAAGGCGGACAUCGGCCGCUUGGAUAGGGUCACCGCGGAAGAGUUUUGUCCUCUGACCUUGGAGGAUGAGACUUCCUGCGGGGAAACCACCACGUGGCCGUGACCGCGCGAGAUGAGUGGCCGUCGCGGUAAAAUUGGAAGCGUUAGAUCGCACGGAAAAAAGUUGCGCAUUAACAGCGGGAUAUCGAGGAGCUUAGGAACAUAUGUUUAGAAAGCGGAGGACUGUUAUUAGAAUAAACCUGUUCAAUUAGUUUCGCGGCUUUAUUAAGGACGAUGAUGAUAGAUCUAGUGCGAGGACGUUUUAGAGCCUGUUGUUGUUGGCGUAUUGCAAUUUAUUCAGUUCGCAACAUGAGUAGGAUGAAGUAAGGCUAUGACGUGUAAUCGUAAUAGCAAUGUAUUACUAUCUUUUUAAUAGAUCGAAUCAAAUCUUGAUUAAAUAUAGCUAGCCAAGAUAAUUAACUUUGCGUUAACAUUUUAUUUUUCUGAGUCAGAUAUGAAAUGUAUACGUAUUUAGAACAACCUUAGCUUUCUAAUUGUUUCUUGCUGCGCAUUCUACAAUAAAUUUAUUAUUCUAUUCGAUUUCGAAGAUUUUUAUGAUAUUACAAUAAUUAUGAUAUUAGUUGAAUUUUCGAUGUCUAAGGAUAUUUUGAAUUUUGUGUUAACAGUUUUUUUUUUCAGAUAUAAAAUACGUACGCAUUUAGAAUAAACAGAAUUUCUAAUUAUUUCCUGCUGCACAUACUAUACUGUAAUAAAUCUUUUAUUCUAUGUUGUCAGUGAUUUAUAAAGGCAAUCAUUAUGGUACCAGUCGAAAAUGAGUUUUCACUGCCUAAGGAUAUUUUGAGAAUCCAGGGCAGAUAUAAUUUCGCGAAUCAAACAGGGUCACAAAAUAAGGUACCACUGUCCUUUGACCUUGCGAAAAGAGGUUCUACUGGAAGAGAAACUAGCGAGUGACCGUGAGAAGUUAGAGAAAUCGCAAUUUACAGUGCCGUAUUGGAAACACUUGUGCGGCGGAAAAAAUCGAAAACGCAUGAUUAUAAGACGCGUGAUUCGUCUGCAUGUAUCUCAUUGUAUAUGCUGAAGGAUAAAAUUAAAAAUUGAUAUGUGAGUGUGUCGCAAUAGUGGACAUGCGUUUGUCGCGUUAUGUAAAGCUGACAGAUGCCAUUAAGUAAAUAAUGACUGAAUGACACGCGUAGGAGAUGCUUUGCAAAUGUAAUUUCAAGGAAGAUCAAAGCAUUUUAAGCGUCUUAAACUGUUUUUUAGACGUUACACCACAUUUCGCUUAUUUAAGCAAAAUAUUUUAAUUUUGAAUAUUUAUUUUUAUUUUUAUUGAAUAAUAAAACCUACGAACAGCUCGUAGCAAAGAGAUGAAAUUUGUUAAUGGCGCUCGAGAGUAAAAUUGAGCGAAAUUUCUAAUUAACAGAAUAAAUUUAAUCGCACACUCAUUUUAUAAAUUGUAUACGUUGCGAGUAAACGAGAAAAAUCCAUUUUUUCAUAAUGCGUUUACAUUAAUAAUAAUGUAUGCAACGCAUUACGUCCUUUUAUACUUGGCUAUGUUAAUGAAGCAAUUUUCAUUACCGUCAUGGAAAUUAAUGAUUUUUUUACGGAUACUGUCCGUGCAAAUCAAUUUUUGUUUCAAGCAAUUAAACGCAAAUAUAAAUAAAGUAAUAAACUUUAUUCAUCAUUAUUCGUAAGAACUGUUGAAAACUUGCUAAUCUUGCGUUUUAGUUUACAUUUAUAAUCGUUACAUGUACAUUUGUUCUUUAAAAUUUGCAUUUUUAUUAUUAUCACUACAGAAUAUAUAAAUUUCAAUUUUUUAUUACUAUAUAAGUGCGACCUAAAUUAAACUGAAUAACUCUUAAACAUAUAAUUCUUUUUGACAUAAAUUAACAUUUUGCUGUUAUAGAAUAGAACCGUGUUAAUAAUAUUAAUAGCGUACGCGAUUGUGUCCAAGACUAACAUAAAAUUAUAAAUUAUUCAAAAUAAUUUUAUUCGCGAUAAAAUAUGGUAGUUAGAUAUAAAGUGUACAUUACAAAAGCAAUUAUUCAAGCAAUUUAAAGCAAUAAACUGUAUUAUUUCGAAUUCCCGUA